GAGCCACCACACCCAGCCCAAAUUACGUUUUUAUAUGUCUCGCGCACCCCACAGUUCUUAGCAAGGCCCAUGGGCAGUAGAUGCCCAAUAAAUAUUUAUCAUCUGAAACUACAAAUCUUGCUUGUGAAAAUACAAAGCAUAGGUGCAUGCUGGAGGUAGGGAACAGUAACCCUGAGAACAGACUGGUUUAAGGCCAUCUCUGGCCAAACCAAGACACAGUUAGAGGGAGCAUUUAUGUCCCCGUUUGGCUGUGAUAUGCCAUAUAGACUGGGGCAAGACUGUGGCAGCCUGGCCAGGAUGAAAAUGCUCAUCCUCGAGCUGCCCCUAGAUGCCAAACUUUUUCCACCUAAGUUUUCAAGGCACGUAUUAAAAGCAGUUACGUAAGUGGGAAACUAACUGCACCUUAUAAAAGGCUUAACAGGAGAGACAGAGUCCUCCGUUUGGAGCCAUUUUGUUAAAUGUUGAGAAUAGAGAAAUCCAGAAGUGGUUGGUGUUUCUGCUCUACACUGAAAAUGAAUUGGGUUGGAGCCCAUCUCACAGCCUUUCUUUCUUUCUUCUAUCUCACCCAGCUUGGGCACAGGCUUUCGCUAUACUGUUGGAUUGGGCAGUUCCCCAUUGAUAGAGAUGUUGUUUAAUAUUUAAGUAUGUUGUGUAGCUCUUAACAUCAAAAGAGAAGAAAAAAGGUCCAGUGUAUCUUUAGGGUGAGCUGACCUUUCCAGAUGGAGCAGGGAAAUCUCCUAAGGACAGGACCCUGGGAGGAAUCCACUUCCCUGCUUAAAAAGCACAGCGAGGAAGGUUCCCCUGGGCCUGUUGGAUCCAGUACUCUCCAGUGGGCAGUGCUCUGUAUGUUCUAGGCUAGAGUCUUAGAUAAUAUGGGAUUUGAAAACCAGUAUUGUAUUACAUUAGAAUAUUAAUGCCCUUGGGAAUUUUUUAAAUAGUUCCUUUUGGGGAGAGAACUGUUUUGUCCUACCCAUUGGAGAUGGGAGCAAGAACAUACAAAAGAGCAUAAAGAAAAAUUCUGCCACUGUGGGCAUUUCCUUGAGGCUGAGGGACUAGGAGAGGCACCAAAGGGUGUGCUUCAUUCAUGGUAAAAGCCCUAAUAGCCUCGGUGUAAGAGUAUCCUGUAGGCAGGCGAAGGAUGACAUGACUCACUUUGGUGGUGACCUCCUACUAGUUCAACUGAGAAUCCAGGCAGGAUAAGAUCAGUGCAGGGUAAUUGUAUGGUAGCUAGUCAACCUUUCCAUUGCUUAGCAGGAGAAUUCUGGCUUUUGUGCUGGUGAUGUCAGGCAGGUGUUGGAGGAGGAGUUCCAUAACCAUUUUCUCUGUUCCUGCCAACUAGAAAGCUCCACUGGGACGUGCAGGCUCACUUCCAGGGUGUUUUAUAUUCAUCCAUAGCUGCUGCAUGGAUAAAAAAUUUGGUGAAAAACUUGAAAUCCUAUUACCAUGAUGAUCAUUAGAACUCAUGUUAGGGCUUUUUGUUUUUAAAACAGGGACACAAAGAAGAAACAGAAGGCUGCUAUAUACAAGGAGUAGCUCGGAGAGGAGGAAGGAGAAGUCCCGGGAUGCCGCACGGUGCCGGCGGAGCAAGGAGACGGAGGUGUUCUACGAGCUGGCCCAUGAGCUGCCUCUGCCCCACAGCGUGAGCUCCCAUCUGGACAAGGCCUCCAUCAUGCGACUGGCGAUCAGCUUCCUGCGAACACACAAGCUCCUCUCCUCAGUUUGCUCUGAAAAUGAGUCUGAAGCUGAAGCUGACCAGCAGAUGGACAACUUGUACCUGAAAGCCUUGGAGGGUUUCAUUGCCGUGGUGACCCAAGAUGGCGACAUGAUCUUUCUGUCAGAAAACAUCAGCAAGUUCAUGGGACUUACACAGGUGGAGCUAACAGGACAUAGUAUCUUUGACUUCACUCAUCCCUGCGACCACGAGGAGAUUCGUGAGAACCUGAGUCUCAAAAAUGGCUCUGGUUUUGGGAAAAAAAGCAAAGACAUGUCCACAGAGCGGGACUUCUUCAUGAGGAUGAAGUGCACGGUCACCAACAGAGGCCGUACUGUCAACCUCAAGUCAGCCACCUGGAAGGUCUUGCACUGCACGGGCCAAGUGAAAGUCUACAACAACUGCCCUCCUCACAAUAGUCUGUGUGGCUACAAGGAGCCCCUGCUGUCCUGCCUCAUCAUCAUGUGUGAACCGAUCCAGCACCCAUCCCACAUGGACAUUCCCCUGGACAGCAAGACCUUCCUGAGCCGCCACAGCAUGGACAUGAAGUUCACCUACUGUGAUGACAGAAUCACAGAACUGAUUGGUUACCACCCUGAGGAGCUGCUUGGCCGCUCAGCCUAUGAAUUCUACCAUGCGCUAGACUCCGAGAACAUGACCAAGAGUCACCAGAACUUGUGCACCAAGGGCCAGGUGGUAAGUGGCCAGUACCGGAUGCUCGCAAAGCAUGGGGGCUACGUGUGGCUGGAAACCCAGGGGACAGUCAUCUACAACCCUCGCAACCUGCAGCCCCAGUGCAUCAUGUGUGUCAACUACGUUCUGAGUGAGAUUGAGAAGAAUGACGUGGUGUUCUCCAUGGACCAGACGGAAUCCCUGUUCAAGCCCCACCUGAUGGCCAUGAACAGCAUCUUUGAUAGCAGUGGCAAGGGGGCUGUGUCUGAGAAGAGUAACUUCCUAUUCACCAAGCUAAAGGAGGAGCCUGAGGAGCUGGCCCAGCUGGCUCCCACCCCAGGAGACGCCAUCAUCUCUCUGGAUUUCGGGAAUCAGAACUUCGAGGAGUCCUCAGCCUAUGGCAAGGCCAUCCUGCCCCCGAGCCAGCCGUGGGCCACAGAGUUGAGGAGCCACAGCACCCAGAGCGAGGCUGGGAGCCUGCCUGCCUUCACCGUGCCCCAGGCAGCCGCCCCGGGCAGCACCACCCCCAGUGCCACCAGCAGCAGCAGCUGCUCCACGCCCAAUAGCCCUGAAGACUAUUAUACAUCUUUGGAUAACGACCUGAAGAUUGAAGUGAUUGAGAAGCUCUUCGCCAUGGACACAGAGGCCAAGGACCAAUGCAGUACCCAGACGGAUUUCAAUGAGCUGGACUUGGAGACACUGGCACCCUAUAUUCCCAUGGACGGGGAAGACUUCCAGCUGAGCCCCAUCUGCCCCGAGGAGCGGCUCUUGGCGGAGAACCCACAGUCCACCCCCCAGCACUGCUUCAGUGCCAUGACAAACAUCUUCCAGCCACUGGCCCCUGUAGCCCCGCACAGUCCCUUCCUCCUGGACAAGUUUCAGCAGCAGCUGGAGAGCAAGAAGACAGAGCCCGAGCACCGGCCCAUGUCCUCCAUCUUCUUUGAUGCUGGAAGCAAAGCAUCCCUGCCACCAUGCUGUGGCCAGGCCAGCACCCCUCUCUCUUCCAUGGGGGGCAGAUCCAACACCCAGUGGCCCCCAGAUCCACCAUUACAUUUUGGGCCCACAAAGUGGGCCGUCGGGGAUCAGCGCACAGAGUUCUUGGGAGCGGCACCACUGGGGCCCCCUGUCUCCCCGCCCCAUGUCUCCACAUUCAAGACAAGGUCUGCAAAGGGUUUUGGGGCUCGAGGCCCAGACGUGCUGAGCCCGGCCAUGGUAGCCCUCUCCAACAAGCUGAAGCUGAAGCGACAGCUGGAGUAUGAAGAGCAAGCCUUCCAGGACCUGAGUGGGGGGGACCCACCUGGUGGCAGCACUUCACAUUUGAUGUGGAAACGGAUGAAGAACCUCAGGGGUGGGAGCUGCCCUUUGAUGCCGGACAAGCCACUGAGCGCAAAUGUCCCCAAUGGUAAGUUCACCCAAAAUCCUGUGAGGGGCCUGGGCCAUCCCCUGAGACAUCUGCCGCUGCCACAGCCUCCAUCUGCCGUCAGUCCUGGGGAGAACAGCAAGAGCAGGUUCCCCGCACAGUGCUAUGCCACACAGUACCAGGACUACAGCCUGUCGUCAGCCCACAAGGUGUCAGGCAUGGCAAGCCGGCUGCUCGGGCCCUCGUUUGAGUCCUACCUGCUGCCUGAACUGACCAGAUAUGACUGUGAGGUGAACGUGCCCGUGCUGGGAAGCUCCACGCUCCUGCAAGGAGGGGACCUCCUCAGAGCCCUGGACCAGGCCACCUGAGCCAGGCCUUCCACCUGGGCAGCACCUCUGCCGACACCGUCCCACCAGCUUCACUCUCUCCAUCUGUUUUUGUAACUAGGUAUUUCUAACACCAGCACACUAUUUACAAGAUGGACUUACCUGGCAGACUUGCCCAGGUCACCACGCAGUGGCCUUUUUCUGAGAUGCUCACUUUAUUAUCCCUAUUUUUAAAGUACACAAUUGUUUUACCUGUUCUGAAAUGUUCUUAAAUUUUGUAAGAUUUUUUUUCCUCCCCACCUUCAAUUACUUCUAAUUUAUAUUAUCUAUAGGUUUCUCUCCCUUUCUCUUCUUCUCACACACAACUGUCCACACUAACAAGUUUGGUGCAUGUCUGUUCUCCUGUAGGGAGAGCGUUAGCUUCAUUUUACUAAAAAGAUUCCUCGUUACUGUUGUUGCCAAAGAGAAACAAAAAUGAUGUUGCUUUCCCAGCUUGUGGCUUCUCCCUCGCAGAGCCCUUCUCCUUUCUUUUUUAAAACUAAUCACCAUAUUGUAAAUUUCAGGUUUUUUUGGUUUAAGCUGACUCUGCUCUGAUUUUGGAAAAAAAGAAAUGUGAAGGGUCAACUCCAACGUAUGUGGUUAUCUGUGAAGGUUGCACAGCGUGGCUUUUCCUAAACUGGUGUUUUUCCCCCGCAUUCGGUGGAUUUUUUAUUAUUAUUCAAAAACAUAACUGAGUUUUUUUAAAAGAGAAAAUUUAUAUCUGGGUUAAGUGUUUAUCAUAUAUAUGGGUACUUCGUAAUAUCUAAAACCUUAGAAACGGAAAUGGAAUCCUGCUCACAAAAUCACUUUAAGAUCUUUUCAAAGCUGUUAAUUUUUCUUGGUGUUGUGGACACUGCAGACUUGUCCAGUGCUCCCACGGCCUGUACGGACACUGUGGAAGGCCUCCCUCUGUCGGCUUUUUGCCAUCUGUGAUAUGCCAUAGGUGUGACAAUCCGAGCAGUGGAGUCAUUCAGUGGGAGCACUGCGCGCUAUCCCCUCAUGUUCUCUAUGUACUAUGUAUGUAUGUAUUAUUAUUAUUGCUGCCAAGAGGGUCUGAUGGCACGUUGUGGGGUCGGGGGGUGGGGCGGGGAAGUGCUCUAACUUUUCUUAAGGUUUUGUUGCUAGCCCUUCAAGUGCACUGAGCUAUGUGACUCGGAUGGUCUUUCACACGGCACAUUUAGACAUUUCCAGAACUACCAUGAGAUGGUUUAGAUGGGAAUUCAUGCAAAUGAGGGGUCAGAAAUGGUAUAGUGACCCGGUCCACGUCCUCCAAGCUCACGACCUUGGAGCCCCGUGGAGCUGGACUGAGGAGGCGGCUGCACAGCGGGAGAGCAGCUGGUCCAGACCAGCCUUGCAGCCCCCCUGAGCUGGCAGCCAGAUGGCCCUGCAAGGCCUCCAGGGAUGGCCCCGAGCUGCAGGCCCUGGCUGAGGUCUCUGGGUCGGGCAGUGACAGGUAUAGGUAGGAAGCACUGAAAAUAGCGUUCCCAGAGCACAUUGCAACUCACUGGGUAAGAGGGACGACACCUCUGGUUUUUCAAUACCAAUUACAUGGAACUUUUCUGUAAUGGGUACAACGAAGAAGUUUCUAAAAACCCACACAAAGCACAUUAGGCCAACUAUUUAGUAAGCCCGGAUGGACUUAUUGCCAGAAACAAAAAGUAGCUUUCAAAAGAAAUUUAAGUUAUAUGAGAAAUUCCUUAGUCAUGGUGUUGUCUAAAUCAUAUUUUAGCUGCACAGCGUUACCCCACACAGGGUGGCAGAACUUGAAGGGUUACUGACAUGUAAAUGCUGGUAUUUGAUUUCCUGUGUGUGUUGCCCUGGCAUUAAGGGCAUUUUACCCUUGCAGUUUUACUAAAACACUGAAAAAUAUUCCAAGCUUCAUAUUAACCCUACCUGUCAACGUAACGAUUUCAUGAACAUUAUUAUAUUGUCGAAUUCCUACUGACAACAUUAUAACUGUAUGGGAGCUUAACUUUAUAAGGAAAUGUAUUUUGACACUGGUAUCUUAUUAAAGUAUUCUGAUCCUA